AUGCAUUACAUUCGGCUCUUGCGCCCACCAAAGCUGUCAUCAUCCCAGCAUCGGAUGCAGGCGGAGCUGGUGUUUACCAUAACCACGGACUUGGGAGAUUCAUUCCUCUUCCCGGAGGCGCCCAUUGACCUGGUCGUCACGGCGCACGUCUACUCUCCUUCGGGCACGUCCAUACAAGAGUUGUCACAGCAUGGCAAGCUGCAGUGGACGCCCGGACGGCGCGUUGCCAAACCUGUGUACGAGCUGCCGCCCACGGUCGUCAAUGCCAUGAUGUCGGGUCACGCCGUGGAGCUCUGCGUUAGCCCGGAAUCGUCAUUCUCUGCGGACGGGUUCUAUUCCAUUCUCACAUCCGCAAACGAUCAGCAUUCACACAUCGGCGGUCGGGGCCUGGUCAUGCCGGUGCAGGUGACUCUCAACGGGCCAGACGCCGACGAUGACAUUUCUACCCGCAAGAUUCGUCUCAAUGCAAACAACGAGUUUCCGAAAUACCUUGAGAUUGAAGAGGAAAUCGGCGAGAGCAUUGCCCGCCACAUCUGGGAUGCUGGUGUCGUCGCGCUUUCUGCCGUGGCCGCCACUUACAAGUUCCCCCAACUCGAGUCUAGCCAGCACCCCUGCAUGCAGACCCUGCGACGAAUGUUCGACACAAGCGAGUCGGGCAUGAACAUUUUGGAGCUGGGCUGUGGCGUGGGUAUCCUCGGCACAGGCCUCUGCGCCGUGUAUCCGCGCGAUCGUGCCGCCGACUGUACGAUUCUCAUGACGGACCUGGACGAGGCGGAAGGGCGGGCUCAAGCCAACAUAGCGCUGCUCAAGCACAACCACUCCGGCUCACAGCUUGGAAACGCGACUAUCCUGUACGAGAACCUCAACUGGGAGCACGGGCGACAGGGGAGAUUUGGCCCCGAGGUGCAGCGCCGGCGCUGGGACUUGGUGCUUCUGAGUGAUUGCACCUACAACGUCGACGUGUUGCCUGCCUUGGUAGGCACACUGUCUGCCUUGCACGAUGCCAACGUGCAGCAAGCGCGAGCGACUGAUGGCGAUACGAAUGCGUUUGCGACGAGGGUGUUUCUUGCGACAAAACCGCGGCACGCUUCUGAAACGGCGCUGUUUGGCAUGAUGGAGUCUGAGGGCUGGAGGACGCUGGAGACUCAAAUUUUGCCCUUGCCGGUGUUGGGCGCCGAGCCGGAGUCGGUCGAGAUGUACCUGUUUGAAAAGGUAUGA